CUCUGAGCUCGGCGCAGGCGCACGGCUCCUAAGGAGGCCGUUCCUGUAGCUUAGCGAUGUCAUAAAGUUUCUUUUUUUGAGGAGGGAAGGGGAGGAAAGCCGAAGCACUGUGAGGGAAAAGAGGGCGGAACGGCGCCGAGGACGGAGCGAAGCAGUGGCGGCUCUGCUUGCCCCAGAGGCUUCGCGGGAGCCAGGACCAGCUGGGCCGAAGCGGCUCUUCCCGCCCAUUUGCUGCGCCCCGCAGAGGAUCGCGCCGCUCCGGUGGAGGCGGAGGGCUUUGCCGGGGGGAGAAACGGGCGAAGUGUAAUGUUCAGGUUCAGAAAUGCCUUAUGUGGAUCGUCAAAAUCGUAUUUGUGGUUUUUUAGAUAUUGAAGAAAAUGAAAAUAGUGGUAAAUUUCUGCGGAGAUAUUUCAUAUUGGAUACAAAAGAAGAUAAUUUGGUAUGGUAUAUGGAUAAUCCGCAGAACCUCCCCUCUGGAUCUCCACCAGUUGGAUCCAUUAAACUUACCUACAUUUCAAAGGUAAGUGAUGCAACUAAACUGAGGCCAAAGGCAGAAUUCUGUUUUGUCAUGAAUGCAGGAAUGAGGAAAUACUUUUUACAAGCCAAUGAUCAGCAAGACUUAGUUGAAUGGGUAAAUGUCCUGAACAAAGCUACAAAAAUCACAGUACCAAAGCAGGCUGACUCAUUGUGUCAUACUGAUAAUGCAUUGCAUCAUUCUGAAAAUUUGGGAAUAAGAAAACAAAUGUCUUACAGAACAGAAAUUGUUGGUGGUGUUCCCAUAAUUACGCCUACUCAGAAAGAAGAGAGAAAUGAAUGUGGUGAAACUGAUAAAAGCUACUUGAAACGGUCCCAAAGCCAUCUUCCAUACUUUACUACUAAGUAUCCUCCAGACAAUCCAGUUAUCAAAGCAGGCUAUUGUGUUAAACAGGGAGCAGUGAUGAAGAACUGGAAAAGAAGAUAUUUCCAGCUUGAUGAAAACUCAAUUGGCUAUUUUAAAUCAGAACUGGAUAAGGAACCUCUUCGGAUUAUACCACUGAAAGAAGUUCAUAAAGUCCAAGAAUGUAAACAAAGUGAUAUUAUGAUGAGAGACAAUCUUUUUGAAAUUGUAACAACUUCUCGAACAUUUUAUGUACAAGCCGAUAGUCCAGAAGACAUGCAUAGUUGGAUUAAAGCAAUUUCUGGUGCAAUAGUAGCCCAACGGGGACCUGGAAGAUCAGCAGCUUCCAUGCGGCAGGCCAGAAGGCUGUCGAAUCCUUGUAUACAGAGGAGCAUUCCAGCUGCUCAGAAUCCAGCUGUCCUGCAAAAACAGCAGCAGCCACCGCACAUUCCACAACCACUCACCGCCCCACUUUGGUCCAAACCCCUAACAGCAAACCCCCUGUCUUGGAGAAGCGAAGAUUUCAUGAAUCUUUUACCACGGCCAAACCAGGGAACUUCAAGAUCCAGGCUGUCCCUUCAAGAAACUCAACUUCCAAAGUGACUCUGCAGGCCCUGUUGGAACCUCAAAACAAAAAUGGCACUCAGGAACAGGAUCCUGAUCCAGUGGAUCUCGAUGAUGCAAGCCUUCCAGUUAGUGAUGUGUAAUGAUGGGGAAGAGUCUGGAAAAUUAAGAAUUGUUUUGGUCCUUGAAUUUCCUUUCUCAGACUUUUAGCCAAAGAUAGAAAGAACAAAACAUAGAAUGUUGCUUAUGUUGACCUUUGUGUAUGCAUACAUUCAAAAUUUUGUAUGUUUUAAUAGUUAUAUGCUACCUUGCACUGUGUAUCAGAGUGGACUUUUUGCUUUUUCUCAACCCUGAUGACAAAUCUUUUUGAUAGCAAGGGGCCGAAAUAUGAUACUUGAUCUAAAAGUUAUUUAAGCAAGGUACCAGCUGCUCUUCAUCAUCAAUUUGGCAAAACUGAAAAAAAAAAACCUUCUCAAAGGUUUUUAUUUUUUUAAAGCCAAUUUACAGCUUAAUGAUCUUGUAAUUCAGGCUAUUGUCAACCAAAUCGGCUUAUUUUCUAAAAAUACUGGCACAGUUUUUUUGGGCAUCUAUGUAUACAGUGUUCUUUGAUUGUCAGGACUGCAGAGUGUAACAGUAGAGGCAAUGUAAUGCACUUUUCCUAUGCAAAGAGAUUUUUCAUGUUAAGAAUAUUAAGAAAAACACCAUGCUGCAGUAUCUGAAAUGAGGUAUGUUUUCCUUACAAUGAAUGCUUAGAUUUGAGCAAUCUAUGUAUUCAAGGCACAAAAACUGCUCAUAACAAAUAUAAUAUUUGUUAAAGUACAAUAAGUGAGAAUCUCUAUGAGAAAAGAAAGCUUAUAAGAAAGGCCCACAGAUUAUUUACAGUAAUCUAAAUAUGCUGACAAUUGGAGCUCCUGAUAAAUGCUUUGUAAAUCACUGCCCUUCCAUAGAAUCCAAAUCCUUUAGAAUUACAGAAAACUGGUGCUGUGAAAUUUACAUUACCAUAAUACAGCUAUUUUGAAUAUUAAGCCUAUUUUUGAUGCACUCCUAAAGGUAAAUUGUAAUUUUUGCACAUUUGGAUAUUGAUGGACCACCAAAAUAAAGGUAUUAUGUAGAUUUUUUAAAAACUAGGGAACAUAAACUAAUAAAUCUUUUAAAGGUUUAACGAAAAUAUUUUAUAACGGGCUUUGCAGUAAUUAUUUAAAACUAUUGUUCCAAAUUUUGUUUUCUCUUGUGUGAUCUCCACUCUCCUUCCCCCUUCAGUGAGUUGUAACUGGUUCCCAUUUUAUAUUUUGGUCAGUAAAAGACUGAACAAACUCUGCUUCAUGCUAUUAAUUGGUACUGAAUUAUUCCAUCAUGCAACUGUGGCCUGUAACGUCUGUGCACUGUAUUUAUUAAAAGUGCCUGUGGGUUUUUUCUUCGUGAUACGUUAAAAGUUUGGGGGUUAGAUAGAUUUAUUUUUCUGGUUUUGAGCCUUGUGUGAUAUGGUUCAGCAUGUGUAUAAGGUGAAACGCUUGUGCAAUUUCCAGCAUACUAGUAUCUGAGCUCUGCAUAAUGAUUUUGAAACUGGAUAUUUGUUCAGUUCCAGUGACAAUAAUAAUAGGCUUAAGAAGCUGAUGCUGAAUAAUUGAUCAAAAAGAGAAUGCACUAUUUUAUAGAUAGGUAGUGAAAAAAUCUGUUUAAUCAACAAAAUGCCCAAAGUUUCACAUGCUGCUGCUUUAUGCAAUUCAUAUUUUCCAUUGUAUAAUAUUUUGUGUAAGUUAUACUUGAGAAAUUCUAAAGAACGAAUGAAGAUAUUUAAGCAAAAAAAUCCUCCACUAUUCCAGUGAAGCAGGCAUUCUUUUAUGUCUUAGUGGAGCAAAAGCCAAAAUUUUCGAAUUAGUUGAAAGGGAUGUUCCCUUAAGAGCAGAAGUGUGCUGUUCCCUUCAAAUUUCCACUACUAUCUUCUAAAAAGAUAGAAAGGGGAUGAUUCUACAAACCUCUCCAUUUCAGGAAGGAAAUAUAAAUUUUUACUAAGCUGACUAGACUGUACAUAUUGUCACAGAUUUUAAAAGAUAUUCUAAUUUUAAAAAUACUUGCUAUUUGCUUGCUUAAAUUAGUAGCAAUGGGAGCAAGACACCUCUUAUUUUAUCUAUUAGAGAAGUUCAGUUAGAUCAGUGGUUCUUAAACGGGUGUGUAUACGGGGUAAUUUUCCUCAGAGGGGGUAGUUGAGAGUAAUGAAGCAAUUUGCAAUUACAUGCUUGUGAGUCAAUCCAGUUUGGGACUGAAGCUGCCAAGAUGUCUCUGUAAAACAACAGUCUGGACUUUUUUUUUUUUGGUGGGAUAGUGACAUUACUUGGAACAGCGAAGAGGAAUAAUUGAAUCAAACAGUUUAAGAACCGUUGAGUUCAGCAAUGACUAGCAUAUUCCUGCUUUUAUUUUAUUAGAUUUUUAUCCCACUUGUAUUACUUUUAUAAGUAACUCAAGGUGGUGAACAUACCUAAUACUCCUGUCUCUUCCUCUUUCCCCCAACAAUAACAACUCUGCUAUGUGGGUUGGGUUGAGAAGAGAGAGUGACUGACCCUUACCUGCUUUCUUUGUGCCAUAUGUGUAAAAGAGGGUGUAUAGAGUAAUACUAGAAGUCCAAUUAUGUGUUUAUUUCCAUGCAUAUCCUAUUUUGUACACCCAACUCUUCUACAGUCAUGAGCUGGGUUGACCUGCAUCUUGAAACGUGACAUUUUCAUUUGCAGUUCAUUUGUCCGUGCUAAUGCUUGAGUAUUUGAUUUAUGGUCCUUUUAACCAGAGGUGGGUUUCACAUAUUUUUACUACUGGUUCGCUCCCCGCAUGCAUGCUCGCUUUGCACUUGCACACACCUUCCGCGCAUGUGCCCGGCCUUCUGCACAUGUGCUUUGCUCGCACGCAUGCCUUCUGCGCAUGUGUCCGGCCUCAAAAAUGUGGCUAAAUAGGACGGCAUGGCUGGUGGGCUGGCCCAUCUGCGAUUUCUACCGGUUCCCCUGAACCGGUCCAAACCAGCUGAAUACCACCACUGCUUUUUAACCGCCUUGAACUAAAUGGUCUAUAGCUCCCAAAUUAAUUUCCCCAGCUAUACCUUCCCCGCAAAAUCUUGAUCUCAGGCUUUAUCUAUGAAGCUUUUAUAUUUGCAAUAAGAAUCAUUUGACACUCUGUAAAAGAGAACAUUUUUGCCAACCUAUUUUGUUUUUGCACAUAAACUCAGAAGGCAUACGUAUUUUGUAUCACUGACACAAACUGAAUCAGUCACUUUCCAGAUGUUUCAUUAAGUUUGUCUCAUGGGGAAUUUUCACUGUUGUCCCACUUAGCUACAAUUCUGUUUGUCAUCAAAUAAACAGUUUGGAUCACAGAGUCCAGCUAUUGUGAUUGUGGAAAUUUGCUAAAGAAUUUGCCUUUUAAGAAUACAUAUAUUCUACUGUUAAUUAUACUACCUUUAUAGAAAGUUAUGUGGAUCAAAUCUGUAAAUAUUAAAAAUUGAAAUAAAAAUGGGCAAGGCUUAAAAAGAUAGUAGAAUGCCAAAUUUUUGUGAUGUUAUUUCAGAUUGCUCCAAUACAGCAGUACCUUUAUAUUUCUCAAUUAUAAGCUAAAUAUUUACAAGCAGUGUUUGUAAAUUACAUUUUAUUUGCCUUCUCAGUUACAUGUGAAUUAAGGUAUAUGUUCUGUUCAGUCUAAUUCAGGAGAAUACAUUUUAACUUGUAACAGAUUUAGCAAAUGUAUGAAAGACCUUAUUUUUCACAAUAUGUAUUUUGUGGAAGAAACUGAGUUGGAUUGUUUGUUGUAUUGCCAUACUUUGAUGUUGUGCUAGGUUUAUUGGUUCUGGUACAAUUUCCACAUUGCAUGUUCAUUUUAUUCUUUGAAUAUUACCAGUUUUCAAUAGUGAAUUGUAAUCAAAGCAGCAAUCUAAUGGAUUUCUUUAAAAUCAAACUGCUUAGGUAAUUCAAUAGUGUGGGAAAUGCUUGUGGUUGGCAAAUUGUCAGGACUUUUAAUUUAACAGUACUUUUUUUAUAGAAAAUUGAAGAAAAUUGUUAACUUAUUUGGAACCUGUGGUGUUUUCUGUAAAUGUCACACUUGUUAAUAAAUUGACAUAAAUAAUGAACUAUAAUAAUCUUAUCAGACUACUGCAUUUAGUGUACUUU